AUGCGUGUCCGAAUGCUUCAAGAUUCAUCUGCUGAAACAUUCUCAAAACAAUUGUUAGAUAUCGGUGAUGGAAAAGUUACUAAGGAUGAGACUGGAUGCAUAAAAUUACUGGACGAUUUCUGCAUAAUCAUUGAUUCACAAGAUGCUCUCAUUAACCUAAUAUUUUCCGAUGUACACACACAAUACAUUCAUCAUGAGUGGCUGGCAGAAAGGACGAUUUCAGCAGCAAAAUAUGUGAACGUCAUCGAAUUGAAUCUGAAGAUAAAACAGUUAUUGCCAGGUAACUUGGUGACAUAUAAAUCCGUUGAUGCAGUUUGCGAUCCUAUUGAAGCUGCAAAUUUUCCAACAGAGUUUUUAAACUCAUUGGAUUUACCAGGCAUACCACCGCAUAAUUUAGUACUCAGAGUUGGAUCUCCGGUUAUUUUGCUUCGUAUUUUGAACCUACCACGGCUGUGCAACGGCACGCGAUUAGUCGUUAAAAAAUUAAUGAACAAUGUUAUCGAAGUCAUUAUUUUAGAUGACAAAUUCCGGGGUGAAAGUAUAUUACUGCCACGAAUCCCUAUUGUACCCACAGAUGUGCCAAUUCAAUUUAAACGCAUUCAGUUCCCCAUUAGAUUGGCAUUUGCAAUUACAAGGCCAAACAAUGUCUGUUUGUGUCUUAGAUUUGAGCACACCAUAUUUUUCACACGGACAAUUAUACGUGGCAUGCUCUCGAGUGGGCAAACCAUCCAGUUUAUUUGUGUCAGCUAA